UUCCUCAUCAACAUCCCAACAUUUCCGUUUUACAAACUCCUCCCCUUUCUUUACUUCAACAUUCUUUACCCUUUUAUAAUUCUCUAGUUUGAGAGUUAACAUGUCGAAAGGGUCCCCGCAUUAUUCAAUUAAUAGACCAAAUAUCAUUCAUUAUACAUUUUGGGCUCUGGUAGCUAUAAUUUUCUUAUAUGCUCUCGGUUCAAACUAUCUCAAUAAUGAUCCAUUUAAGUGCAAUAGUUUGCUCAACGAUGGAUCAUUUUUAGAUUCAACCGAACAUAGAAAUUGGCAACCAUCAUCAUGCAUGAUGAAGAAAUAUGAUACGCAAAGUGCAGCAUCAUGUUUAAAAAAUCGACGAAUUCUUUUCAUAGGGGAUUCAACGAUUCGUGCAUUGUUUUAUUCAUUAAUAAAAAAAAUCGAACCUACAAUAAAUACAACAUCACAACCCAAACAUUCCGAUUUACAUUUUACGUUCAACGAGAUUACAUUUGAUUUCCGAUGGGAUCCUUAUUUAAAUAGUAAUUCAACAGAUAUUUUAUUAGGAAAGAGUCAUGAAAGAAGUAGAGGGUUAUUUGGUAAAAGACCAAGUAUUUUAGUAAUGGGUAGUGGAUUAUGGUAUUUAAGACAUCGAGGAAAUGGUGGAAUUAACGGAUGGAAAAAAAAUAUAGAUAGAAUAUUUGACGUCAUCACAUCAUCACCAAAAGCUUACUUUUCUAUUGCUGAUGCAAUAUUUUUUGCACCGGUAGAACAUUUAGUUCAUGAAAAAUUAAGUCCAACAAGAGCAAUUACGAUGUCAGAUGAAGAUAUUUAUAAAAUGAAUGAAUAUUUAAAAGUUAAGCAAAAAGAAAAAGAUUUAUUAGAUGUUCCAUUCGUAUUUAAUAAAAUUAUUGAAGAAGCAAGAGAAGAAACGGAAGACGGAUUGCAUUAUUCGGAUGAGAUUAUAAAUAUUCAAGCGGAUAUCCUACUCAAUUAUAGAUGUAAUGAUUUAUUACCUAAAAAAGCUCCAAUGUCUAAUACAUGUUGUAAUAGAUAUCCACAAAUGAAAUGGGCGCAAUUUAGCAUUUUUGUAGUCUUUCUUGUAUUAAUACCAAUUGGUGUUUAUUAUAAAAUAUUUGAAUAUCGAUCUAAUAGAUUAUUGGAAAAAAUAAUUCCAUCAGAAUCUAUAUUAUUCUCAUUACUUACAUUUGGGUUAGCAGUUAUAUAUAUGUAUUGGUCAGAUCGUUCUUCUCUUUUCUCUAAAUCUCAUAAACAGUAUGAUGUCUAUCACUUCACAUUACUCACCAUUCUUUACUUAGUCGGUGGAAUAUUUUCAUUAAAAACUAAAGAUAAGGAUCAAGCAUUCCUUAAUCGUGAUCAAACGGACGAAUGGAAAGGAUGGAUGCAAAUGGCAGUACUUGUAUAUCAUUAUAUAGGAGCAUCAAGAGUAUCCGGAAUUUACAAUUCAAUUAGAAUUUUAGUGGCAUCUUAUUUAUUCAUGACAGGAUAUGGACAUUUCAUUUUUUUCUAUAAAAAAGCGGAUUUUGGACUUAAUCGUAUUGUUAACGUAGUAAUUAGAUUGAACUUAUUGACCAUAGUAUUAACUUACGUUAUGGAUACUGAUUAUCUCUCUUAUUAUUUCACCCCAUUGACAACAUUUUGGUUCUUUGUUAUUUAUAUAACGAUGUAUAUUAGAUCAUCACGCAACAAUUCGAUGAUAUUCUUAUUAAGUAAGAUGGCACUUUCAUGUACAAUUGUGUAUUGGAUUAUACUUAAACCAGGAAUAUUAGAGAACAUAUUUUCAUUUCUAGAAAUCAUUGCGAAUAUUAAUUGGAACGUAAAAGAGUGGAGAUUUCGGAUACAAUUAGAUAUAUUUAUUGUAUAUAUUGGAAUGUUAGUUGGACUGAUACUAAUUAAAUUUCAAGAAUAUAAAAUAACUGAAAAGAAAUAUUGGACAACAAUUAAACGAUAUUCUAUAAUUAUUUCCGCUAUUGUGAUGAUUUGGUUCCUUCAUUUUGAAAUAACCAGAGAAAAUAAGUUUAAAUAUAAUGAAUAUCAUCCUUAUAUUUCAUUCUUGCCUAUUAUUUCUUUUAUCAUAUUAAGAAAUAGUACACAAUAUUUAAGAAAUACCACUAGUGGAUUAUUCACUUUUAUUGGAAAAUGUUCUUUAGAAACUUUUAUUGGACAAUUUCAUAUGUGGCUUGCUGCUGAUACCAAAGGGUUACUUGUAUUAGUUGGUGAUGGACAAUGGGGAUUUUGGUGGUGGAUUAACUUAUUUGUGGCCUCUUUCAUUUUCAUUUACAUUUGUUAUUACUUGACCAAAUCCACGAGUGAAUUAACUAAUUGGAUUUGUCGUUCAACAAUAAUAACGACUACAAAUAUAAAAGGAAGUGAUAAUCCUCCCGAUCCUAAUGUUGUACUAGUAGUAGAUGAUAAUAAUGAAAAAUUUGAUGUGAUAAUAAUAAUAAUCCACUCAAUUCCAUAAUUAAUCUUUGUGAAAAAUUAUUGAAUAAUUUGAAAAUUAGAAUAACUUUAUUAAUAAUAAUUAUGUGGAUUGUUAAUUUACAUUAUUAUAAAUUAUAAUAGCCCUCACCAAAAUUAUAAUAUUAGUAAUAUUAAUUUAAAUUAUAAGUGUAUAUAAAUAUCUUAUGAUAU